CAACAAAGUUUAACUAAAUUCACUCACUCAAACAUCCUUCUUUUCAUUCUCGACAUGGCUCCAAGCAUGAAAAAAGCUUCACCAUCUUCACUUGUGACAAAGCACGUGAACGGGUUCAACCCCUCACCCUUCACACUCUCCGAGUCAACCCUAAAAGUAAACGGCCACGUCAUCCUCUCCCAUGUCCCGCAAAACAUAACCCUAACCCCAUGCACCCACGACAACACCACCACCGGUUGCUUCCUCGGUUUCCGCGCCCCCUCUCCGAAAUCGCGCCACGUGGCACCCAUGGGCCUCCUCCAAAACAUAAACUUCACCUCCAUCUUCCGCUUCAAGGUCUGGUGGACCACUCUCUGGGCCGGCUCCAACGGCCGCGACCUCGAAACCGAAACCCAGUUCCUCAUGCUCCAGUCAAGCCCAAGCCCAAACCAAAGCCCACGUCCCUACGUCUUAUUUCUCCCCAUAAUAGAAGGCCCGUUCCGCGCCUCGCUGGAGCCCGGGCCAGGCGACAACGUAUCCGUCUGCGUGGAGAGCGGGUCGAGCCACGUGGCGGGGUCCACCUUCGACGGCGUCGUUUACAUGCAGGCCGGGGAGGACCCGUUCACGUUGGUGAAGGACGCGACGCGCGUGGUGAAGGCUUGGUUGGGAAGCUUCAACUUGGUGGAAGAGAAGAGGGUUCCGGGGGUGGUGGAUAAGUUCGGGUGGUGCACGUGGGACGCGUUUUACCUGACGGUGGAGCCGGAGGGGGUCAAGCAGGGCGUGAAGGGGCUGGCCGAGGGCGGGUGUCCGCCGGGGUUUGUGCUGAUCGACGACGGCUGGCAGUGCAUCAGCCACGACAAGGAUCCCGAGGCGGAGGGGAUGAACCAGACGGUGGCCGGAGAGCAGAUGCCGUGCAGGUUGAUUAGCUACCAGGAGAACUACAAGUUCAGGGAUUAUGGCGAGGGAGAGGGGUUGAAGGGGUUCGUGAGGGAUCUGAAGGAGGGGUUUGGCGUGGAGUAUGUGUACGUCUGGCAUGCUCUCUGUGGCUACUGGGGAGGGGUCAGGCCUGGGGUGAAGGGCAUGGCGGAGGCCACAGUGGAGGAGGUCCGCUUGUCGGAGGGGCUCAAGGGGACCAUGGAGGAUCUUGCCGUCGAUAAGAUUGUACAGAAUAGGGUCGGGGUGGUGCCGCCGGACCACGUGGCGGAAAUGUACGAGGGCCUUCAUAGCCACUUGGAGAGUUCAGGGAUUGAUGGGGUUAAGGUUGAUGUCAUUCACUUGCUAGAAAUGGUGUGUGAGAAAUAUGGAGGACGAGUAGAUAUGGCCAAAGCAUAUUACAAAGCUCUCACCGCUUCGGUGAGAAAACAUUUCAAGGGCAACGGUGUCAUUGCCAGCAUGGAGCAUUGCAAUGAUUUCAUGUUGCUGGGAACUGAAGCAAUAUCCCUUGGUCGUGUUGGUGAUGAUUUCUGGUGCACUGACCCUUAUGGUGAUCCAAACGGUACAUAUUGGCUACAAGGGUGUCACAUGGUGCAUUGUGCAUACAACAGCUUGUGGAUGGGAAACUUCAUCCACCCAGAUUGGGACAUGUUCCAAUCUACACACCCUUGUGCUGCUUUCCAUGCAGCCUCAAGAGCCAUGUCUGGUGGCCCCAUUUACAUCAGUGACAAAGUUAGGAACCACAACUUUGAGCUGCUCAAGACCCUGGUCUUGCCUGAUGGCUCCAUCCUCAGAUGUGAGCACUAUGCACUUCCAACCAGGGACUGUCUCUUCGCUGACCCUCUCCAUGAUGGCAAAACAAUGCUCAAGAUAUGGAACCUCAACAAGCACACUGGAGUUCUUGGAGUGUUUAACUGCCAGGGAGGAGGCUGGUUCCGUGAGAUAAGGUCCAACAAAUGUGCUGCUGAGUUUUCUCACAGGGUGUCAACCAAGACCAAUCCCAAAGACAUUGAGUGGAACAGUGGAAAGAACCCAAUUUCCAUUGAAGGGGUGCAACUUUUCGCCUUAUAUUUCAGCCAAGCCAAGAAACUCAUCCUCUCAGCACCCUCUGAUAGUGAAGAGGUUUCCUUGGAGCCAUUCCAUUUUGAGCUCAUAACAGUUUCCCCUGUGACUGUCUUGCCUGGCAAGUCUAUCAAGUUUGCUCCUAUUGGUUUGGUGAACAUGCUGAACACUGGUGGAGCAGUUCAGUCCUUGGCCUUUGAUGAGGCUCAUAAUUUGGUGGAAGUUGGAGUAAGAGGCAAAGGGGAGAUGAGGGUCUAUGCCUCAGAGAGACCAAGCACUUGUAGAAUUGAUGGCAAAGAAGUUGAUUUUGAAUAUGAAGAGUCCAUGGUCAAAAUUCAAGUACCCUGGCCUGGUUCUUCAAAAUUGUCCACUGUUCAGUAUGCAUUCUGAUCUUGGAAGGGAUUUUGUUUUUUAUUUUUUAAAUUAUUGUCCAUAGUGAAUGAUGUUAAGGGCCUUUUUAUCCCCUGUUUGUAUGUUUCAUUAGUUGCUUUGGCAGUUUUUCCCUCAGUGCUGAGGGAAUAAUAGAGUGAUCUGAUAAUUAUGUCAAUUUCUCAAUCAUAUAGUGCUGUCAUUAGGCAAAGAUUAUUGGAUAAUUCAAAGAACUUACUUAUAAUUAUAAGAGGCCUGAAAGGCUGAAACUGUUUGAUACAAA